AUGGCAGCGCUUGUCGUCCUGCUGUUGUUAUAUCCAUUUGUGGGCGGGAUUUGUAUUCACAAUGUAUCGCAGUUAUCACUUUUCGACAGCAUCUACUAUUGUUGCAUCACUAUCCUCACUGUCGGUUAUGGCGACAUCGAAUAUGGAAAACUAAUCUGCACUUCCUUUAGACCACCUAUUUCCGUGCCAUACCUAAUAUUGUUCAUUUUCGUGGGCGUGACAUUGGUGACCAUAUCAGUGGAUGUGGUGGCGACAAAUAUCAUACACCAAGUGCACUACAUGGGGAGACGAAUGGGACAAGCGAAAGUGAUAGCGGACAAAAUGAUGCAGAUGGCGCAGAAGAUCAGCAUCAAUAGGGGACUCGGACUUGGCAUGGCACAAUUGGGUGCUUUCGCUCGUAUGGGAGUUAUGAUCAACUUAGCUUCCAACGGAAAGAAAGUAUCUCGUCAAGAAAACGGUGAAGGACAACGAGUGAGCACCGCGUACGACCCAGACUACGAUCUUGAUCUCAUUGAUCGAUUGAGUGAGUUAAAUAAAUAUUAUCAGAACUAUAACUGCAUACUAUCACAACUUUCAGCUGUAACGGUAUUCCCUACCGCAAGGUGGCAA